AUGCCAUACUUAACCCCACCCCUAUCCAAUGCGUCUUUGGGCACUGGUAUAGAUGUAGUGCCUGGUGCAGGACUGAACAUGCAUCACCAACAACAGCAGCAACAGCAACCACAACAAGUGCAGCCACAACAACCACAACCGUACCUCCAAUCACAGCAACAUGGAAUGCAGCAGCCGUAUUUUCCCCUGGUUAAAGACGGCCCACAGCAACUCACUCCUCCUUUACUUCCCAUACCUACUGCCACAGGUGUUGGAACCACCUCCGGCAGCAUCGCUGGAACAAUGAAUGUCGACGACACAGGACUGUACAGGUAUCACAAGAAGAUCAGCAAAUCAUUCCAGGACGAUUUGAUAUACUGUCCCCGCAUUCUUUUGAACAAAGAGGAACUCAACCAAUGCUACCAACUGGAUAUGCUGAUGAUGAUGGAAAUGCAGCAGCAGCAGCAACAACAACAGCAGCAGCAGAUGUCCUCGGGCGGCCAACUGGCAAUGCAGGGCAUAAAGUUUAACCCAUACACAUCUCAGAGCUUCAACCCGUCCGGGGCAACCUCCCCAUCCUGA